ACUCACUUUGAUCAUCAAGCUCCAAACACAGCAACAAAACCUUCCUUUGCACUAAAAACCCGAGUACCCGACAGCAACAAAUUCACCGCCAUCAUGCAGAUGUACAAGUGUGAAGCUGAGAAAAAAGAAUGCAACAACAGCCAUGGUAGCCAUGGAUCGGGCCACCAAAACUCUGGCCAUGCUGGUCAUGGCUCAUGCCACCAAAACUCUGGCCAUGCCAACCAUGGCUCAGGCAACCACAACUCUGGCCAUGCCAACCAUGGCUCAGGCAAUGCCAGCCAUGGCUCAUGCCACCAGAACUCUGUCCAUGCCAGCUCAGGCCACCAGAACUCUGGCCAUGCUAACCAUGGCUCAUGCCACCAGAACUCUGGCCAUGCCAGCUCAGGCCACCAGAACUCUGGCCAUGCCAACCAUGGCUCAUGCCACCAGAACUCUGGCCAUGCCAGCCAUGGCUCAUGCAACCAGAACUCUGGCCAUGCCAGCCAUGGCUCAGCCCACCACAACUCUGGCCAUGGACAUUGCGCAAAGAAGUGCUAAACAAGCAGAACUCAGGUAACAGCCCAAGAUCAGAGUUUCAGAUGCUGCUGAUAAACAUCGAACUAUAUUUUAAGUAUUAUAUUAUCCCACAAAUAAUGCCUCCUAUAAGGCUAUGCAAGAAUGGCUGCCUUGCUAAUUGUACUACUUGUUUUGCUUAUGAAUGAAACGCUUUUUGCUA